GGUAGGGUAGGGAAAAUAAGUGAAGUGUGUGCAGGGACGCCCGGGUGUCUCUAAACUAAUCACAAGCUCCAAAAAAAACCCUCAUCGAAUCCUCUGAAAACCCCCGCAAUUCGCCCAUUAAAAUUCCCUCAAAUUCCCUGAAAAGUCAGGGAAACUCAGGCAAAUCCGAGAAUCACUGGACUUUUCUCAGUGAAAAAGAUACUUUUCGGUCCUGCUCUCGUGCUCUGUGUCUGUGUUCCUCGGACCUCCAUUGUCGAAAUCCGGCGAGAGAAUUUAUUUCACGGAAAAUAAGAACAUAAAAAAAAGAGAUUGUUCAGCGACUUGAGUAUUCGUAGAUUUUGGGAGGCAUCCGAUUGUUUUAACGGGGGAUAAGUAAUUUUUACGAGUCUUUCGGCUGUAGUUUAUGACUAAAGUGACUCCCGGUGACGCUUUUUUUGUCUGAGGAUCGUCAACACGGCGUGGAGAGAGAGAUAAGGGGAAAAUGAGCUCUGGAGCGGGAUCGAGUGGGACAGGUCGGGGCAGAGGAUCCUCUCUUGCUGAUAACAAACCGGAUAACAAAGAGGCUAAGGCCAAUCCAAAGAUAUCAAAGGCUUUGGGAACGUCGGCCAAGAGAAUACAAAAGGAGCUGGCAGAGAUCACCCUGGAUCCACCCCCAAACUGCAGUGCAGGUCCAAAGGGCGAUAACUUGUACGAAUGGGUGUCAACGAUCUUGGGGCCACCAGGAUCAGUCUACGAGGGCGGUGUUUUCUUCCUGGAUAUUCAUUUCUCAGCUGAAUAUCCCUUCAAGCCACCAAAAGUUACAUUCCGCACACGUAUUUACCACUGCAACAUAAACAGCCAGGGAGUCAUAUGCCUCGACAUUUUGAAAGACAAUUGGUCGCCAGCGCUGACAAUUUCCAAGGUUCUACUCUCCAUCUGUUCACUACUUACAGACUGUAAUCCAGCUGAUCCACUAGUUGGCAGUAUAGCAACCCAGUACAUCCAGAAUCGUGAGGAGCACGACAGAAUUGCCCGACUCUGGACCAAAAGAUACGCAACAUGAGCAUCCACCACAAAUAUCAUCCCCCCAACCCACUCCUAUCAGCCAUACGCCAAUAAAUUCAUCAAUCAUUACAUCAAAGACGUAAAAAGAAAAAAUUAUGAAGAAAUAAUGAAGCAUGUGUCUCCAGAGAUAAAUAAGAAACAUGCAGAACACGUUCCUAGUGGCCAAACGAGGGCCUCUUCAACUCUAAACAAAAACCUCAACCAACAAUUUUAACAAAUUGUAAUGCUGAAGAAAUGGUUAAUAAUUAAGAUUUAAGAUAGGAGAUGACAGAAGCUAAACAAAGAGGCGCGAGAGAUUGUGAUGUGCUCUUUAUUUUUUUUCUACCUACUUUUUUUUUGAGUGAAUGGAAGAUCGAAUGAAUUUUAUUGAAUUGAUGUCACAGAUACGAGAGAAACAGAGGAAAAUAACUAAUCGGAAUCUUUUGAAUCAUUUGGGAAUUAUUGAAUUUUUUUACGUAUUUAUUUGUUUAAAUUUUUGAAAAAUCAAGGAAUUGGAGUUCAAGAGUAAAAAUUCUUUUUUUUGUCAUUUUUAUCUUCAAAUUAAUUAAUUAAACAGUUGUGUAAAAUUAAGGACGAGGUCUUAGUAUUUAAAUAAAUAAAGAAAACGAAUUAAUUUUGUAGAUGUGAGUAUUGAGAAAAAAGAAAAAUUAAUUACUUUUGAUUAAUGAAUUAAAUUGUAAGUAAAUAGUUGUUAAGACUGUGACAUUUUGUUUUCAAUUUUUCCAGGGAUUUAUUCAGAGUUUUAAAUCGAUCGAAAAUCACUCACCAGCAUUGUCAUUACAAUUUUGUAAAUAACUGAUUUAAUUUCUGUACAUUAUUUUUUUUUAUUUUAUCAAAAGAAAGACGAAAUUUUUGGUUCAAUGAGAAAUAACUUGAAUUCAUUUGAUCUGUAGUUUAGUAUUUAAGUUUCACAGUGGAAAAAUUGAGUGAACAAUGUGAUUAUUUCGUAGCAUAAUUUUCGUAUUCAUGAUUUUCAUUAAUUUUACGUGAAAACUGAGACUUCCAGAUUAACAAAGAAAACUGAAUCAUUAAAGAAAUAGUUUAACAUAUUUUGUUUCAUUGCGUUUUAAUGAAGGAUGAGGCCACUUUGUAAAUAAUUUACUCUGAUAUGCAUAGAUAUCUGCUUAACGAGAUGACGAAUAAGGAUAAAUAAAAGUGACGAAGGAAUUAAUAACAUAUAUCCAGCGAUUCAUAAUUUUUUAUCGAAAUGGUAAUAGCUGGGGAUUUCAUACGAAACAUUUUGCAAAUAUCUCUGAAACUAGUGGGUUUACGGGGAAAUGUCAAAAAACAUUUUUUGCAGAGGGAAAAAUUUCCUACAAAAAAGAGCUUUUGACAUUUUGCGCUCGAGUUGAUAAUUACCGAGAUAACUGGAGGUUUAACGAGAGUACGUCGACGUGGUGAUGAGUUCUUUUGUUAACACAGCAAAUAUCUAGUUCUGAGGGAGAAUGUCACGAGAAUUUCAUGAUCUGCAAUAAAAUAUCAUGACAUUCUCUCGUAAAACUUGACGUUCUCGAGGUAUUCGCCCAGUUAACAAACUCAGUUUGGAUUUGUCUACUUCAACCACUUCAUUAAUUAAUUAAUAAUCAUGGGAAAAAUAAAUAGUCAGCUUUUGAGCGCCUUGUACAGAUCCUGAGAGCCUUAGAGCAGAGGUAAAUGCUAACAAUCGCUUUUAUGAAUACAAUGAAUAAAUAAACAAAUGAAAUAAUGAAUAAUUAAUUGAUUGAUUGAUUAAUGGUAAAUUUGUGUCGGUCUUGUAAAUUUUUGCGAAGUGGAUGAAUCCACGUAACUCUAUUUGGUGUUCCAAUUUAGCCUGCCUGUGUGAUUGUUUAUUGAAUGAUUGAAUAAAUCGACGAUAAUACAAAAAUUUGGGUGAAAACGAUAUCUGGUUUGAUUAAUGGUAAAUAAAAAAUAAAUAAAUGUUAGUGCGCUAGUUAUUGGCAUCGGUAUAAAGAUGAAAUAAAGAUAACUUGUACAAUAAA